ACUGCAGUAUGCCCCUGGGCAUGGAGGGCGGCGCCAUCGGUGACUGGCAGCUCUCCGCCUCAUCCUUGCAUAUGGGCUUUGUGGGCCUGCAGCGCUGGGGCCCGGAGCUGGCCCGCCUGCGGCGCAGCGGCCUAGUCAAUGCCUGGACGGCCAGCAACCACGACCAGAAGCCCUGGAUCCAGGUGAAUCUGCUUCGGAAGAUGCGGGUGACCGGUGUAGUGACGCAAGGUGCCAGCCGCGCUGGGACACCCGAGUAUCUGAAGACCUUCAAGGUAGCCUACAGCCUCGAUGGACACAAGUUCCAGUUCAUCCAGGACGAAGAGGGGUCUGGAGACAAGGAGUUUGAGGGCAACAUGGACAAUAACAGCCCGAAGAUCAACAUGUUCAAGACCCCUCUGGAGACGCAGUAUGUGCGGCUAUUCCCCGUGGACUGCCGCCGCGGUUGUACCCUGCGCUUUGAGCUUCUGGGCUGCGAGUUGAAUGUUUGCUCAGGACACCUGGGGCUGAAAGACGGCAGCAUCCCCGACGAGCAGAUCACAGCCUCCAGCAGCUACAAGACACUGGGCCUGCGUGCCUUCGGCUGGACCCCCUUCUACGGGCGGCUGGACCGGCAGGGCAAGUUCAACGCCUGGGCUGCCCAGGGCAACGACGCCGAUGAGUGGCUGCAGGUUGACCUGGGCUCCCAGAGGCAGGUGACGGGCAUUAUCACCCAGGGGGCCCGCGACUUCGGCUACAUCCAGUAUGUGGCUGCCUACAAAGUGGCCUACAGUGACAACGGCAAGACCUGGACUGAGUACAGGGAGGCCGGGGCCACCGAGAGCAAGAUCUUCCUGGGCAACUCGGACAACUAUUCCCACAAGAAGAACAUGUUUGAGAAGCCCUUCAUGGCCCGCUACGUGCGGGUGCUGCCCGUGGCCUGGCAUAACCGAAUCACCCUGCGCCUGGAGCUGCUGGGCUGUUAGCAGCCGCCGUACCUGACUAGUUUGUUGAGAUGGGGUCUCGCUAACUACGUCUCUCCCAGCCCUGCUGCAUGGCGUGACCUGCUGCCUUUCCAGCCCUCCUGUGACUCCAGGGGCUGGGGUGAGGAGAGGGGGGUCCUUGCCUCUCUCUUUCUCUCCCUCUCUUGUCCUCCAGCCUCGACACAUCCCUGUACCAACCAACCCCCCCCCCCAAUACCAUCCCAUUUUCUCAGGAACCCAAGAACAUGGCAGGCCUGG